AAACUGAAAAUUCAAUACUCUUUCUUUACCAACUUUACUAACUUUACCGACAUUACCAUGUCAGAAGAUAACCCUAAGGUAUCUGUGGAUCAGUACGGACGGAAGACCUGGGACGUGGAAGCGUAUGCCCGGGAAGCAAAGCAGGGGGGCAAACCCAAAGCUGUGGAGCCGUCCAACAACGAAGCGAUGGCCAUCAAUCAAGAUAAACCAACGUCAUAUCUACAACAUCGAUCCAAUCUUUUGAACGAGUCAAUCGGGGCCGUGAACAAACACACCUUGAUCAACCCACUCAAUACAAAGUCUUACGGUAAGGAUAAACGGUUUGGGUUUUUCUGUCCGGUCUGUGAUUUGUCCUUUAGAGACAACUUAGCACUUAUUGACCACGUCAACUCUCCGCAGCACAUUGGCAGGUCCCAGCAGUUGGCCAAGUCGCUAAAGAAAGACGGAGAAGAGGAAGAGACCGAGUUGCUCGAAGGUGGUAUACGACGUGCUUCAGUUGAAGAGGUGAUUGCAACCAUUGAAAAACUAGUAGCACAGCUGAUCCGAGCAAAACAGGACCCUGGCUCUGUAGUAUCAAUCCAAGAUCGAAUUAACAAAAGAAAAGCAUUUGAACAGAAACAGUUGGAAAAGAGAAGACUCAAAAGACAGAAUUUGAAGAAACGAAAGAGAACCCCGGUGGAGCCAGAACCUUCGAGUGACAUCUCGAACCUCAUGGGGUUCAGUGGGUUCUCAACCUCCAAGAAGUAAUCUCUGGCUAUCGAUUAGACGGUUGUAGGCGUAUAAUAUAGUGUAAUAUACAUAGAUAUUGGGUAUAUAAAGUAAAGACUAUGGUGUACCGGUUUUGCGGUUUGAGCAGCUGCACUCAAAAUCUUCCACCAAUAAAAUUUAUUCGAAAU